UAGCCCGUAGUAAUGGGAGCGUUGCUGUUUGUGAUCAGGUAGUGUCUUAAAUUCAUCCGCCCCCGACAGCUAUGUUAGUUGAUAUGCUAUGAAGCUAACACGGAAACAGGUUCUCGCGAAGGCGAAGGCCUCGGACUUGUUAAGUGUGAAGAAAUUGAACUGCUGGGGAUGCAACCUGACUGAUAUUUCUAUCUUCUCUCAAAUUACCAACAUUGAGGUGCUGACACUGAGUGUCAACGGCGUAACGUCUCUCUCUCCCCUGGCUGGCUGUCUGUCUCUAUGUGAGCUCUACCUGAGGAGGAACAAGAUUCCCUCACUCGCUGAGCUCUCAUACCUGCGUCCGUUGACGCGUCUCAGGGUGCUCUGGCUGACUGAGAACCCUUGUUGUGGAACCGACUCCAGCCAGUAUCGCCUCACCGUACUGCGCUGCCUGCCUCGCCUCCAGAAGCUCGACAACCAAGUAGUGACAGAGGAUGAGCUUGCACUUGCUCUCAUGGAGGGCGAAGAGGUCACCACCCCCCAAGACAGUGUCCAAAACCAGCUCUCCACCAACGGACUGCUAGAUGCAGAGCUGGAGAAUGACCCUCUAAACUACAACAUGGAAGAGACCAACAAAAUCAGAGAAGAGUUGGGGAUGAAACUCCUCUCCAGAGACAAGUUCCCCUCCCUUUCUUCUCCAGUAACCAGAGAAAACAAACCAAUAAUGAAAAAGACGCACACUCUGGAUGCAGUUCUGCUGCUGCUGAAGGACUUGGAUGAAGAGGAGCUUCACAUCGUACACACAGCCACCCAGAACAUACUCCAGACGUAUACGCUGGAAUCACAAAUGCAAACAGAUUCACUGCAGACACAGAAAGUCAUCCAACACUGAAGCGCUUCACAGCUUCACAGCGCUUCACAGCGUGCACUCAGGGCCCAACAAACAGGAUCCACAACGCCCCCUUUUUAUCCAUCACCUUCCGCUUGCAAUGUGCAUGGCAUGUGAUGUAGUUUCACUGACACUCUCCCCUUUGUUACAGUAUUCCCUUGUGGUGGAGUGCUAAAUAACUUCUCUGGCUUUCUUUUUUUUAUUUUUAUGUUUUCAUUGCAGCAUGCCUACCUGCCUACCUGCCUUUUACACACAAAAUAAUGUAUAUUUUGCUUAAUGUAAAUCUAUUUAACU